GUCUCGUCAGUUGUCACUCUCUCUUCACUUUCGCCCUUGCUUCGUAACCAAGCAUACGAUGCCCUACCCCCCGAUGAACACCACCAUCACCACCGCCACGACCAUAUAGCUCCGUCUCACUCGUCCCCCGCUCCCUCGUUCCCCUCGAUCGCGAUCCCGACUCCUCCGCCGCAACCGACCAUGCCGCCGGCGAUCGACCUCCGAUCCCCCGCCCCCCCCUCCGUCCCCGGGAACCCUAAGCCCGAGCCCCCCGCCGCCGGGCGCGGAGGCGGAGAGGGACUCGAGCCUCGUGGAGGGCGGGCGCCGCCGCCGCAGCCGAGGCGGCGGAAGCCGAGGCUCGUGAAGGUGAGGAGGCGCGCGGAGGUGAGGCCGGCGGCGGCGGCGGCGGGGGAUGAGGUCGGUUCCGUCUGCAAUCCGUUUCGCGCUGAGUGUGAUGCCGAGCGCCGAGUGAGGUACGGCAGUGUUGUUAAUUUAUGUUCGGAGGAUACUAGGUUGAGCAACGGGGAUGGUGCGAUUGGGCCGGAGGUUGAGUGCUCCUUUGAGGAUGUUGGUUUUGUAUUUGGUGCUCCUCGGAGGAGUUCCGCGCUCGAUAUGGACUUCUCGGCCAGCGGCGCCACUGCAUUUGUAGGUGAACCGGCUUCAGAUGAUGAUGGUGCAAGGGACCGUAGGAAGUUUGAGAGCGCGGGCUUUGUGUUGUUUGGUGCCGAGCGGAGAGAUUUGGAAUUGAACUCGGGAUUGGAAAAUGGAAAUUCUGGCGGAGAUACUCAAAAGUCGGCUUUUGGAAAUGGAGCAGAUGUGGGAGCAGAUUCUGCACGGUCGUGUGGAAACCUUGAUGAUUUCAGUCAUGUUUGCAAUAGCAAUAAGACUGCUCCAGAGCCAAAUUUGAAUCUAGGGAAGGGUGGAUGUGGUAGAACUGGGCCAUUUUCUUGCUGUAAGGAGAAUGGCAAGGCCAAGCUGGAGACUGAAGUGCAUGCUGGAAAUGCAGGCUUUUCUUCUGUUGAGAAUGAAUAUGGCCUUGAAUCAGUUUCUGAAAGGGAACAAUCCUCUGACGAUGUAGAAGAAGCUGGUUGUAUUGAUGGAAAAGCCUCCAGGAGUAAUGAUAAUGCAUUUUUUAUGUUUGGUGCUGAUCAUGGCCAGUCAACAUCAGUACCGUGGUCAGAGAAAGGAAGCACCAGGAAAGAGCGUGAGCUUAAGGAGAAUGGGGACUCGGGCUUUGUUUUUGGCUCCAGUUGGUUUAGUUUGGGAGCAAACCUGAAUACCAAAACAGAAGAAUCCAGGGAAAAUCUUGAAAAUCUGGAACUCCGUGAUAAUGGUGAUUUUAAAUUAGGAACUGAGGUAGAGCCCCAGAGGACGCAACCUACAGAAGCUCUAUCCAAUGAGGGUCACGGGAAUGGCCUCUUUGUAUUUAAAGGUAGUUCCGAAAAAAUUUCUAUUCAAUGUAAAAGACGGGAAAAAAGUAGCAAUACCGGGAUGACACUGGAUGGUGACAAUUUUGGAAAUAGGAGCAGUGACUCAGAUGAACAAAUUGUCAACUUGGGCUCCAAUGACAUGGAGAAUAACAAAUCGGCAUCUAUUUGUAGUGCUGGUGCUGCUGGGAGCAGUAGCACAUUAGAUCUUCCGGAAAAUAUGCAGGAUUUAAGCAUUGAGGAUAGACGAGAUACUGGUGGUGCUAACGAUGGGAAUAACAGCACCAAUUCUGAAGCUGCAUUUGUUUUCAGAAGUGGUCCAUGUGUUUCUAACUCUUUCCAUGGGAAUUUGGCAACUCCCAUGGGUCAGACCAAAAAUCCAAAUUUUGAUGGGCUUUCUGAUCCUGCGGAGAGUGGGAGUAGUUUCGCAAAGGUUGAAGAGGGUCAAUUCAUAUUUAAUAAUUAUACAAAUAUUGCUUGUGAGUCUACUGGAAUUUCUAGCCACAAGCCAUUUAUAUUUCAAGCUGGUAUUAGUGAGAGUUCUGAUAUGGCUCAGUGCUCUUCUAACCCAGUGAAUGAUAGUACCCUUGCGGAGAAUUUAGACAAUAAAGAAAAGUUUAGCUUCACGAACACUUUGGAUGGUUCAGGGGCAUCUAAUGGAGAUUUUAGGGUUCCUGAGUGGGAUCCUUCAUGCUUCAAAGCAAAUUUGUGUCAAGAUUUGAAAAUUGAAUUCAAUGAAAAGCGUAGAACAACAAAGUAUAAAAAGUAUAAGAAGAAUGCAAAGUUGAGGCAACCUUCUAAAGGAAAGCUAACUGCUGAAGAGGAUCAUGGGCUGGCUGAAAGCAAUUGCCAAGAAAUGACGCAAGCUCCGGAUUGCUAUUCGCCCAUGGAUUUUUCUCCUUAUCAAGAAGCUGCAGCAAACGAUCAGUGUUCCAGGCAGAGUUCUUCGGUGACAUUGGAUGAGUCCAUUGCCUUCAGUAAUGAAAAUGCAGCCUUGGCAUCAAGCUCAACAAUCCCUACUACCGAUGGACAUAUGGGUAGUUCAAUGGAAAGAUUAGUCAGUGAUGAAGGUAAUUCGAAGUUUGGCGAGACUGUUUCAGGUGCUGAAGCUGCUCACUUCAAGCCCAGCACUGAUCAUCCCUGUAGCACCUUUGGAGCUGCUGUUGCUUCAGCAGAAGAUGGAAGUGUUUUCUCAAUAGCUGAGAAUCAGGCUACUGAUUAUAUGAAACAGUCUGCGUUUGCUUCUAAUCUGGAUGAAGUAAAAUAUAAAACUUUUGUCUUCUCUGCAUCAUCCUCUGCCCAGACUGGUUUACUGGACAGAAAGCGGUUGCAUAAAAAGAAAAGUAGAGUUAAAAGUGAGAAUUGUCCUUUUGUUAUUUCUCCAUGUCCAGGUGCCAGGGAUGGAUCCUUCUCGAUGCAGCUUCCAAACUCUUUUGGUACUUCUUUCCCUUCGGACACAAAGCAAGGGCAGGAAGGACGAUCUAGACUGUUUCAAGAGAAAGAGCAGAACAUUUUGAAUUCAAAUGGAAAUGUCAUAGAUGGUGAGACCAAUUUAUCCUCAUCUGCUAUGAUCCAAGAAGCCUGUGAAAAGUGGCGACUCAGGGGAAAUCAAGCUUAUAAAAAUGGGAGAUUUUCCAGAGCAGAAGAGUAUUACGCGAAAGGUGUAAACUCAGUUCCUUCUGGUGAAGCAUCAGGAUACUGCCUUAAGCCUCUUUUAUUGUGCUACAGCAAUCGUGCAGCUACUCGGAUGUCUCUUGGAAGAAUUAGGGAAGCCAUUGAAGAUUGCAUUGCUGCUACGACAAUUGAUCCUAAUUUCCUCAAAGUUCAAAUAAGGGCUGCAAAUUGUCAUCUAAUUUUAGGGGAAGUAGAAAAUGCCUCGAACUAUUUUAAUAAGUGCUUGGCAACCGGUGCUGACAUAUGUUUGGAUCGAAGGCUUGUGAUAGAAGCUGCAGAUGGCCUACAAAAGGCGCAGAAAGUGGCUGAAUGUAUAAGUCUUUCUACUAAAAUGUUGGAAGAGAAGACAUCUGAUGCAGCAACAAGAGCUCUAGAAAUGCUUUCAGAGGCAAUAUCAAUCAGUAAAUUCUCAGAGAAACUACUGGAAAUGAAAGCACAAGCAUUGCAUAUGCUUCGGAAGUAUGAUGAUGUCGUGAAGUUGUGUGAGCAGUCUCUUAAGUUUGCUGAAAAGAACUUUGGUGCAUUAGGUGUGAACCUUACGUCGGAUAUGGUUGAUUCCGACUGUGGAGGAAACUCAGCUGUGAGGCUCUGGAGGUUUUUCAUGAUGGCUAAGUCUUACUUUUGCCUGGGAAGGCUUGAGGAGGCUCUUGAGUUACUUGAGAAGAUUGAGCAAACUGAAUGUUAUGGUGACAGGUGCCAGGAUAAGAUUCUGAAAUCAUCAGCUUCAGUAUCUUCCACAAUUCGUCGGCUGCUAAAGUGCAAGAAUGCAGGAAAUGAAGCCUUUCGAUUGAGAAGUUAUGCAGAAGCAGUAGAGCAUUACUCUAUUGCUCUGUCAAGCAAUGUUGAGUCACGACCUUUUGCAGCAAUAUGCUUUUGCAACCGAGCUGCUGCACAUCAAGCUAUGGGCCAAAUUGCUGAUGCCAUUGCAGAUUGCAGUCUAGCCAUUGCACUUGAUGGACAUUAUGCAAAGGCAGUUUCUAGAAGAGCAACCUUACACGAAUUGAUCAGAGACUAUAAACAAGCAGCUAGUGAUGUCCAGAGGUUUAUAUCUAUUCUUGAAAAUCCAUCUCAUCAAAAGACUAAAGCUUCUGGCACAUCGGGGGAGCUUGAUAGCAGAAAUAAUGAACUGAGGAAAGCUAAGAAACGCUGGUCCUUAAUAGAAGAGGAAGCUAAGAAAGGAACACCAUUGGAUGUUUACCUAAUUUUGGGAGUUAAACAAUCCGAAACAGCAGCUGAUAUCAAGAAAGCAUAUCAUAAAGCAGCCCUAAGGCAUCACCCAGACAAGGCUGGUCAGUGUUUUGCAAGAAGUGAGAGUGGCAAUGAGGGACUGCUCUGGAAAGAAAUCGCAACAGAGGUUCAUGAGAGUGCAGACCGUCUUUUCAAAAUAAUUGGAGAAGCAUAUGCAGUACUAUCAGACCCCUCAAAGCGAGCAGAAUAUGAUCUUGAAGAGGAUAUAAGAAAAGCCCACAAAGAGAGCAGUGGAUACGGCAAUUACAAGAGUGCCUCACAUUUCCAAAGCUCUCCCUUCGAGAGAGGCUCCAGCAGGCGGAAUUGGCAGGAGAGUUGGAAGACACAUGGUUAUUCACGCUCCCAAUGGUAAGAAGCAUUUACAGUUACUUUGGAAACUGCACGGGAUAUCCUCGAAAGCAGUCGACAAGAGCAAUCAUGCUCAAAGUUCCACCAAAGGUUGUUUGGAGAAAAUGAUGGAGGGGGUCAGGUCUGGAAACUAUCGAGCUAUGACUAAAGACGAACACAUAGCAGAGAUGGAACUCGCUGGUUUAAGAUCGCCUGUUUCCUCUGCGGAUACGGGAGAUGUCCACCGUAAGGUACACGGGGCAGAACAAGCCGUUUGUCUUAUGCCCCAGCAAAAUAUACCUGUUCAAUCUUAGUUCUUUUCCUUCUAUAAUAUUAUAAAAUCACUGCAGGAAACCAAGUACUCUGCAGUUUGUCGUAUUUGCUUGGAUGGCCAAGCUAGUGCAGGGUCUGGUAAUUUUUUGGCUUCCAGCCUGCGUCAUCUUCUUGCUUAUAGGCAAGAAAGACCUGGUUUUGUAGUUUAGGAGUCCCGUAUCGGGGGUAUCUUUUGAUUACUUGUACGCCAUCAUCCCCUUCGCGAUCUACUUUUCUUAUUUAUAAUCGAAAGUUGUUUGUCUUACAGGAUUCUCUAGUA